AUGGAUUAAAGCUAGAGAUUUGUGUUAGUAAAAGCAAUACUUCCUCAGAAAGAUAUGCAUUAUGUAAGCUUAAUUAAUGAAUAAUUAAAAUUGCAAAAGAAGUAUCCCUAAUACAUUCUAGCAAUAAAUGGCUAUGAUUUUUUUGAAGAUAAAACUUUAUUACAAAUUACCUAUAAUUGCAGCAAAUAUGCAAAAUCCUUAACUGAAGUAUAGUUUAAAACUUAGGAAGAAAAAUUUAGAAUAUUUGAUUAGCUAAUUGAGAUUGCAGAGUUUUUAGAAAAGAAUAAAAUUUUACAUAAUAAUAUUAAAAAAAAUAAUCUAAUUAUUGAUCAUAAUAAAUUGUAUCUUACAGACUUUGGAUAUAUUGCAGGAUAACCCGAUCUAAAUAUAUUUAGGAAUAAAUUAAAUUUUAUAAAUCUCAAUCUAAACUAAAAAAAAUAAAUUUAUCCAUAUUUAACAAAAGGUUUGAUGGAAGCAAUAAUUACUUACAAUGAAAGGUAAUUAAAAUAAAAAUUAGAAAAGAGAGAACCUAUAGAAAUAAUGCAAUAUGAUUAGCAUGUAUUAACAUCUUUAAUGGUAGAAAUAUUUUCUCCAUUGGAAUGGAAUAAUUGUGAUCUUUCAUAUUUAAAAGAUUUUUCUUUCAGUCAGAAAAUAGGAUACAUAAAAAUCAACAAUUUAGAUUUACAAGAUUAUGCCAUUGUCAUAAUAGAAUAAAUACUAAAUUUUAGGUUUUAAAAGGAAAAUUAAUUGACCCUAGAAUUUCCUAGACGUUUAGAGCCUAUGUUAAAGAAAAUCGACAAAUAGCGAGUAUUAAAUAAUAAGAAUUUGGAAUUGGUUGAAGAUUACUUUAAAAAUAAAGAUUUCGAAUUUGAUUUAGGAUUAUUAUACUGCUUUACUACUUGUAAACUACUUGAAUUAGAAACUUAGGUAGAGUAAUCAGGUAAAGAAUUCGAUUGCAAAUUAAGAAAAGAAAUAUCUAGAAUUUUAGCAAUUCUUAAUAUGAUUGAUAAUUAAAUAUUUUAAAAGAAAGAUUUUGAAAAAUUAGAAUCAUUAGAUGAUAAAUUAUUCUGUUUAGCUUAUUUGGAUGAAUAAUUUGAAACCUUUGAGAUUUCAAAAAAUAGAGAUCAAACUUAGAAAAUAGAGAAAUUAUUAUAUAAUUAUUCUUUAAAAUAUUAAUUAAUAGAAUUUUAUGAUUAAAUAAACAGAGAAUCAAAGGAUUAAUUUAUGGUAAAUCAAGCAUUUUAGAAAUAAUAUAGGAACCAAUUAUACAUUCAUCCAGAGACUUUUGAAUAAAAUGAAAUUCUAAAGGAAUAUAUAAAUAUUCACAUUAAAAUUGAAAUCUAGUUUGAUAUCAAUCAAGAUGAAACGAUAAAGAAAGAUACGAUUAUUAUAAAAUAAAGAAAUAAGGGGGACCAAACAAUUUUACAUAUUAAAAAAAAUAAUGAAGACGAGAAGAUUAUUCAUGAGGUUUGUGUUGAUCAUAUCAAUUAUAUCAAGCAUCUAAAAGUUGUGAAACUAAAUAGACAUUUUUAACCUACGCCUACUGUAGUGUUUAAAUUAAUAAAAAAAUUUAAAUAUUAUACACCUUUAGUUUUAUUGAAAAAGCAAAAGCAAUUAGCAGAAUUAAUAGAUUACAACAAAAAAAUAAAAUAUAAAGGGGAAUGUGAUUUUGACGAAGAUAAUCGAGAUAUCAUUUUUUAAGGGAAAGGCAUUAGAGAAAUACUAGAAUCUGAUUAAACAACUCUUAAAAUUGGAGAUGUAUAUAAAGUAAGUGGAACUUUUAAGAAUAAUAUUUUGGAAGGAGAUUAAAUCAAAACUUUUUAUUAUCACUUUAUUGAAAAUAAAAGAACUUUUAGUAUAGGAAAGUAUAAGAAUGAGUAAUUAAGUGGCAGACAUGAACAUUAUUUAAUAAAUUAGCCUAAUGAAUAUGUCAAGACUAUACAUCAUUGUUCUUGCUGUUUCUGUUCUCCCUUAUAAUCCUGUUAUUAUUGGCGCGCAUGGUGUGCUUGGUGUCCUUGUUUGUUUAGAUAUUACUGGCAAAUAAUUUGA